GCUUUGCCCUGGCAGAGCCCUUCCCUCCUACCAGCUGUUUCCAGGUGUCCUGGUCCAACCCACUGUGGCUGUUGUCUCUCCUUCCCCAGGCAGCUGAUGGAGAACCAGAUUGGAGCAGUGGAGCGGGGAGCGUUCGAUGACAUGAAGGAACUGGAGCGACUACGACUGAACCGGAACCAGCUUCACAUGUUGCCAGAAUUGCUGUUCCAGAACAACCAGGCUCUGUCCAGACUGGACCUAAGUGAGAAUGCCAUCCAGGCCAUCCCCAGGAAGGCUUUCCGGGGAGCCACUGACCUCAAAAAUCUACAGCUGGACAAGAACCAGAUUAGCUGUAUCGAGGAAGGGGCCUUCCGUGCCCUGCGGGGGCUGGAGGUGUUGACCCUGAACAACAACAACAUCACCACCAUUCCUGUGUCCAGCUUCAACCACAUGCCCAAGCUCCGGACCUUCCGCCUGCACUCCAAUCACCUGUUCUGCGACUGCCACCUGGCCUGGCUCUCACAGUGGCUAAGACAGAGGCCAAGCAUUGGGCUCUUCACCCAGUGCUCAGGGCCCGCCAGCCUGCGGGGCCUCAAUGUAGCUGAGGUCCAGAAGAGUGAGUUCAGCUGCUCAGGUCAGGGAGAGGCAGGGCGUGUGGCCACCUGCACCCUCUCCUCCGGCUCCUGCCCGGCCAUGUGUGCCUGUAGCAAUGGCAUCGUGGAUUGCCGUGGUAAAGGCCUCACUGCCAUCCCUGCCAACCUGCCCGAGACCAUGACGGAGAUCCGUCUGGAGCUCAAUGGGAUCAAGUCCAUCCCCCCUGGAGCCUUCUCUCCCUACAGAAAGCUGCGCAGGAUAGACCUGAGCAACAACCAGAUAGCCGAGAUUGCACCUGAUGCCUUCCAUGGCCUCCGCUCCUUGAACUCACUGGUCCUCUAUGGGAACAAGAUCACAGACCUGCCUCGUGGUGUGUUUGGAGGCCUGUACACCUUACAACUCCUGCUCCUGAACGCCAACAAGAUCAACUGCAUCCGACCCGAUGCCUUCCAGGACCUGCAAAACCUCUCGCUCCUCUCCCUGUAUGACAACAAGAUCCAGAGUCUCGCCAAGGGCACGUUCACCUCCCUGCGGGCCAUCCAGACCCUGCAUCUGGCCCAGAACCCUUUCAUCUGUGACUGCAACCUCAAGUGGCUGGCGGACUUCCUGCGCACCAACCCCAUCGAGACCAGUGGGGCUCGCUGCGCCAGCCCCCGGCGCCUGGCCAACAAGCGCAUCGGGCAGAUCAAGAGCAAGAAAUUCCGGUGCUCAGCCAAAGAGCAGUACUUCAUCCCAGGCACCGAAGAUUAUCAUCUGAACAGCGAGUGCAGCAGCGAUGUCACCUGUCCCCACAAGUGCCGCUGUGAGGCCAGUGUGGUGGAAUGCUCCAGCCUGAAGCUGUCCAAGAUCCCCGAGCGCGUGCCCCAGUCCACGGCCGAGCUGCGGUUGAACAACAAUGACAUCUCCAUCCUGGAGGCCACAGGGAUGUUUAAGAAACUUACACACCUGAAGAAAAUAAACCUGAGCAACAACAAGGUAUCAGAAAUUGAAGAUGGGACAUUUGAGGGCGCGUCCUCUGUCAGUGAACUGCAUCUGACCGCCAACCAACUCGAGUCCAUCCGGAGUGGCAUGUUCCGGGGUCUGGAUGGCCUGCGCACCCUGAUGCUGAGGAACAACCGCAUCAGCUGUGUUCACAACGACAGCUUCACAGGCCUGCACAAUGUCCGCCUCCUCUCACUGUAUGACAAUCACAUAACCACCAUCUCCCCCGGGGCCUUCGACACCCUCCAGGCCCUCUCCACGCUAAACCUCCUGGCCAACCCUUUCAACUGUAACUGCCAGCUGGCCUGGCUGGGCGACUGGCUGCGGAGGAGGAAGAUUGUGACAGGGAACCCCCGGUGCCAGAACCCAGACUUCUUGCGGCAGAUUCCCCUGCAGGAUGUGGCGUUCCCUGACUUCAGGUGUGAGGAAGGUCAGGAGGAGGGGAGCUGCCUGCCCCGCCCCCAGUGUCCCCAGGAGUGUGCCUGUCUGGACACCGUGGUCAGAUGCAGCAAUAAGCACCUCCAGGCUCUGCCCAGGGGCAUCCCCAAGAAUGUCACAGAACUCUAUUUGGAUGGGAACCAGUUCACGCUGGUUCCGGGACAGCUGUCCACCUUCAAGUACCUGCAGCUUGUGGACCUGAGCAACAACAAGAUCAGUUCUUUAAGCAAUUCUUCCUUCACCAAUAUGAGCCAGCUGACCACUCUGAUCCUCAGCUACAACGCCCUCCAGUGCAUCCCGCCUCUGGCCUUCCAGGGUCUCCGCUCUCUGCGCCUGCUAUCCCUCCAUGGCAAUGGCAUCUCCACCCUCCAAGAGGGCAUCUUCGCAGAUGUGACAUCCUUGUCUCACCUGGCCAUUGGUGCCAACCCCCUGUACUGUGACUGCCACCUCCGCUGGCUGUCCAGCUGGGUAAAGACUGGCUACAAGGAACCGGGCAUUGCCCGGUGUGCAGGGCCUCAGGACAUGGAGGGUAAACUGCUGCUCACAACACCUGCCAAGAAGUUUGAAUGCCAAGGUCCCCCAACUCUGGCUGUUCAGGCCAAGUGUGAUCCCUGCUUGUCCAGCCCAUGCCAGAACCAGGGCAUCUGCCACAAUGACCCCCUUGAGGUGUACAGGUGCACCUGUCCCAGCGGUUACAAGGGCCGAGACUGUGAGGUAUUCCUGGACAACUGUUCCAACAGCCCUUGUGGAAAUGGGGGGACCUGCCAUGCCCUAGAGGAUGAGGAAGCUGGCUUCACGUGCUCUUGUCCUACUGGCUUCGAAGGACCGACCUGUGGGGUGAACACAGAUGACUGUGUGGAGCAUGCCUGUGUCAAUGGGGGUGUCUGUGUGGAUGGUGUAGGCAACUACACCUGCCAGUGUCCCCUGCAGUACACUGGAAGGACCUGUGAACAGCUGGUGGACUUCUGCUCCCGAGAUCUGAACCCAUGUCAGCAUGGGGCCCAGUGUAUGGCUACUCCAGAUGGGCCCAGGUGUGAGUGUGCACUCGGCUACACGGGUGACAACUGCAGUGAGAAUCAGGAUGACUGCAGGGACCACCGCUGCCAGAAUGGGGCCCAGUGCGUGGACGAAGUCAACAGUUACUCCUGCCUCUGUGCUGAGGGCUACAGGGGACAGCUCUGUGAGAUCCCUCCCCACACACCAGCCCCCAGUAGUCCCUGUGAGGGGGCUGAGUGCCAGAAUGGGGCCCACUGUGUGGACCAGGGCAACCGGCCUGUGUGCCAGUGCCUCCCAGGCUUUGGUGGUCCCGAGUGUGAGAAGUUGCUCAGUGUUAACUUUGUGGAUCGAGACACUUACCUGCAGUUCACUGACCUGCAGAACUGGCCACGGGCCAACAUCACCCUGCAGGUCUCCACGGCAGAGGACAAUGGGAUUCUGCUGUACAAUGGGGACAAUGACCACAUUGCCGUUGAGCUGUACCAGGGCCAUGUGCGAGUCAGCUAUGACCCCGGCAGCUAUCCCAGUUCUGCCAUCUACAGUGCUGAGACGAUCAAUGAUGGGCAGUUCCACACUGUCGAGCUGGUCACCUUUGACCAGAUGGUGAAUCUCUCCAUCGAUGGCGGCAGGCCCAUGACCAUGGACAACUUUGGCAAACACUACACGCUCAACAGUGAAGCUCCCCUCUAUGUGGGAGGAAUGCCCGUGGAUGUGAACUCUGCUGCCUUCCGCCUGUGGCAGAUCCUCAAUGGCACCAGCUUCCAUGGAUGCAUCAGAAACUUGUACAUCAACAAUGAGCUGCAGGACUUCACUAAGACACAGAUGAAACCGGGUGUGGUGCCAGGCUGUGAGCCCUGCCGCAAGCUCUACUGCCUGCAUGGCAUCUGCCAGCCCAAUGCUACCCCAGGCCCCGUGUGCCACUGUGAGGCUGGAUGGGGGGGGCUGCACUGUGACCAGCCAGCUGAUGGCCCCUGCCAUGGCCACAAGUGUGUCCAUGGGAAGUGCGUGCCUCUCGAUGCUCUUUCCUACAGCUGCCAGUGCCAGGACGGGUACUCGGGGGCCCUGUGCAACCAGGCUGGGGCUGCAGCAGAGCCCUGUGGGGGCCUGCAGUGCCUACACGGCCACUGCCAGGCCUCAGCCACCAAGGGAGCACACUGUGUGUGUGACCCUGGCUUUUCUGGCGAGCUGUGUGAGCAAGAAUCCGAGUGCCGGGGGGACCCUGUUCGGGACUUUCACCGGGUCCAGAGGGGCUAUGCCAUCUGCCAGACCACGCGCCCACUGUCGUGGGUGGAGUGCCGGGGCACAUGCCAGGGCCAGGGCUGCUGCCAAGGCCUGCGGCUGAAGCGGAGGAAACUCACCUUCCAGUGCAGCGAUGGGACGUCGUUUGCCGAGGACGUGGAGAAACCCACCAAGUGCGGCUGUGCGCUCUGCGUGUAGAGCCGCGUGGACCGGCGGGCACAGCGGCCGGCAGCUGGGCUGGGGUGCGGGCAUCACCAGGACGGCGCCUGGACCUUGGUGGGCGCGGGGACACGUGAACAGCCUUGCGAGCAGACUGUGCUGUGGCCGGGGCAGAAAGGCCGGGCCCCAGUUGGGGCCACCUUCUCCGGAAGUGCCUUGCACAAAUAGGCGCUUAAUAAAUAUUUGUUGAAUGAA